AUGGCAGAUGCUUCCCACCAGCAAACCAUCAACAACUACGUUCCAGAGACAUCCAUUGACCUGCUUCGCAAACAUACAUUUCACACUACCUCUCUUGCAGGUAUUAAGAGGCCUCAUUGGCAAGGAUCUGUGACCGCCGCACAUGGAAACCAAUCAGGAGACGUGCAAUUGGUUAAUGUCAAUGACCAUCCUUCACUUCCAGCUCCUCGACUCCAAGCAAGCUCAAUCAUAACCGUACCUCUGCCGCAGGAACCUUCGAAGGCUGCUCAGCAAUCCGAAUAUUCGCAACGGAGGCAUCUGGCAUCCACGCCAGGUCUUAGCCAGAACCCUCUGCUCUCUUUGAGACAUUCAAGGUAUGGACUCCCGGAGCAGUUGGUCUCAAACCUCGAGUCAAUGGGUGUACGCUCUAUCUACCCCUGGCAGUCUUCCUGCCUUCUGGGAAAAGGACUCCUGUCAGGUGAGACAAGUCUCAUCUAUACAGCCCCAACCGGGGGAGGCAAAUCUCUAGUUGCCGACGUUGUCCUAUUGAAAAGAAUCAUUGAAGAUCCAAGCAAAAAAGCAAUUCUUGUCUUGCCCUAUGUUGCUCUUGUCCAAGAAAGGAUGAAGUGGCUUCGGAAACUCACGGAAGGAGUUACGAAGAACUUGGAUACAUCCAAUGCACACGGCACUGCAGCUAAUUCUAAGAUGAUCUGGAAGAAACCUCACAACCAUGUGCGCGUUGCUGGCUUCUUUGGUGGCAGUACCGCUCGAACAACUUGGGUGGACAUUGAUAUUGCUGUUUGUACCAUCGAGAAGGCAAAUGCUUUGGUCAACGCAGCAAUCGAAGAAGGCAGGAUCGACGAAUUACGCGUCGUGGUGCUGGAUGAACUGCAUAUGAUCGACGAGGAAAAUCGUGGCUACAUCAUGGAGCUCAUGAUUACGAAGUUGUUGGUUUUGCGGCAGAACAUACAGCUUGUGGGGAUGAGCGCGACGCUUUCAAAUCCUAAACUGUUAGCUGACUGGCUUGGGGCGAAAUUCUACGUUUCAAGAUACCGUCCAAUACCGAUAGAAGAAUACCUGGUAUAUGAAAAUUCCAUCUACGUUACGGCCAACGCAAAGGACUUCUUCCGUACAGCCAGUCAACUGACCUCAGCAAAUGCUACCGAACCAAGUCCCACGCCUUGUCGAACAAUAUGUGCUUCUCUACAUCGUGACCUCGCAAAUCCGGUGCUCAAUGCUGUUGUUGCACUUGCUUUGGAGACUGCUAUUAGUGGUUAUGGAGUACUGGUCUUCUGUAGCAGUCGUCAAGGAUCGCAAAACUUGGCUGUACUCAUUGCUGAGGCUAUGCCGACCGGAACAAGCUCCCUGGAUGUGCUUGACAGAAGAAUGGAUCUGCUAGCAGCACUCCAAGCGCUUCCUGGCGGCUUCGAACCAGCUCUUUCACAGACUCUCUUACAAGGCGUAGCUUUCCAUCACGCUGGAUUGACAAGUGAAGAGAGAGAGAUUGUUACAGAUGCAUAUGACCAAGGUGCCCUCAAGGUGAUGGUGGCAACUUGUAGCUUGGCAGCUGGUAUCAAUUUGCCAGCCAGGAGAGUCAUCAUUAAUGGCGGUCGGAUGGGUCGCGAACUCGUUGGCCCGGCCAUGCUUCGGCAAAUGCGUGGAAGAGCCGGCCGAAAGGGAAAGGACGAGGUUGGCGAAAGUUACCUCUGCUGCCAGAAGACUGAUUUGGAGGCAGUGGCGCAGCUUCUGGAAGCUGAGCUGCCAGGUGUGCAAAGCUGCAUGAGUUCGGAAAAGAGAGGGAUUAAAAGGGCAUUGUUGGAGAUCAUUGUGACCCGCCUGGCAAAUUCACGACAUACUGUUGAGGAUUAUGUCCGAAAGUCCCUCCUCUUUCAAACCGCUGAUCGCACGAGGGUGUGGUCGAUGGUUGACGCCGCCAUCGAGGACCUUUGCAGGACUAGCCUCAUCCAAACUACCAGCUUCGACUCGUUUGAGCCGACUACUCUUGGGCAAGCCAUUGUGGCUUCUUCAUUGACCCCGGAAGAUGGCAUCUUCGUACACAAUGAAAUGCGUCGCGCCCUCGAAUCUUUUGUCAUGGAUGGCGAGAUGCAUAUCUUCUACCUUUUCACGCCUGUUCAGACCACGACCAUCGGAGAUAUUUCAUGGCCAGUCUUCCGUGAUCAGAUGGGAGCUCUGGACGAAAGUGGUCUUCGAGCGCUUCGUUGUAUCGGAGUAAGCCCUUCGCUGGUGAAUAGCUUAGUCAACAGCGGUACCACAUUGAAAGAGAACACCCCCGACGAGAUAUGUCGGGCUCGGACUUACCGUCGUGCCUUUGCGGCAUUCCAGCUGCGCGACUUGUGUAAUGAGAUACCCAUUCAUAAAAUCAGCUCCCGGUAUUCUGUGCCUCGUGGUUUCGUGCAGACUUUGGCGCAGACCUGCCAUGGCUUUGCGGCAGGCAUGAUCAAAUUUUGCCAGCGGAUGGGAUGGGGUAUGCUAGCCGCAGUGCUUGAACACAUGGUGGACAGGCUACGAGCUGGUGCGCGAGCAGAUUUACUGGAGAUGGCCCAAGUCACUCAUGUCAAGAGUCGCAUGGCAAGAAUCCUAUGGGAGAAUGGCUUCAAGAGUGUAAGGGCCCUGGCAGAGGCUGAAGCAAAGGACCUGGUGCCUGUCAUGAUGCUGGCCCAGAGCAGGAAAUUGCGAAUGCAAGGUGAAGCGAGAGAUAAGCUCAUGUUGGCGCUAAAGCAGAAGGCCGAGGUGAUAGUUGGGAGCGCGAACAGGUUGUGGGGGAGGCAACAAUUGGUGGAGAUUGAGGAUGAGUGCUGA